AUGGCCGGAAAGAUCAAAGGCAUCUACAAAGGUUUCAAAUGCAUUUCCCAAAUCUUUGCUGUGAAAGAGCGAGAGAUGGAAAUUGGGCACCCGACAGACGUUAAGCACGUGGCACACAUUGGCCUCGAUCACUCUUCCGCCGUUGCACCCAGUUGGAUGAAUGAAUUCAAGACUAGUCCCGACAGAACUGCGAAAUCAACCAGUGGGCUCUUUUAUAGGACCCGUGGCUCUCACUUUGGACCGGUCGGAGAGGAGAAGCCCUCUGAGUCAUCGGGCUAUGGUGGUGGCCGUCUUAGGGGCGCAUGCUCCUCAGUCACGGCAUCGGACGGUUCUGAUUCCAUCGACGAUGACGACUGA